CGAAAGGCUACUGUGUGGAUCAUGCCUCCUAAAGGGAAGUCGAAGGGAACGAGUAAGGGCGGGAAAGGUGCAGCUGGUGGUGAUAAUGGCGAUAAGAAAGAUAAAGGACCCAAAGGAGGUAAUGCAGUUAAGGUGAGACACAUUCUCUGUGAGAAACACAGUAAAAUCAUGGAAGCCAUGGAGAAGUUGAAGUCAGGCAUGAAAUUUAAUGAAGUAGCUAGUCAAUACAGUGAAGACAAAGCCAGGCAAGGAGGUGAUCUGGGCUGGAUGACCAGAGGUUCAAUGGUGGGACCCUUCCAGGAAGCUGCUUUUGCCCUCUCCAACAGCACAACAGACAAACCCAUAUACACAGACCCACCUGUAAAAACUAAAUUUGGUUAUCAUAUAAUCAUGGUUGAAGGAAAAAAGUAAAUGAAUUUAUUUUCAUUUCUCAGUAAAUCCUUGCCUCUAGUAAGAAGUGGAACUACUUCUCCUUUUUCCUCAGCCACAUUCUAGUUUUAUUGGUUGUAAAUGAAAUUCAAGAAUGACUCCUUUGUACAUCUUUUCUCUUCUCUAAUGGUUAUGCUGGAGCACCAUUACUUUUCAUCCAGAGAAAAUCCAACAGUUGUAUUUUUUUUUAAGUAUUUUGAUGUAAUAUGUCCAAAUAAACAGUUAAACAUCAUUCCUGUAUUGUAAAUAUCAUUUAAUCAUAUUUGUCACUCUUGGUUCUAAGAGAGUUUUUCCCUGUGGCUUGACAAUUAACUACAUCACUUGAAUGAAGAACUAGACAUACAGUAUAGAGAGUCCACAAUCUUGUCUACAGUUCGGUUCUGAAUUCUGUUCUCGUCUCCCCUUUGGCAGUUUGAUCACAUUCACACAUCAUAUGGCACCACAAUAUCUUAAUUCAAAUGAAAAAGGGCAUUAUCAAACCACUGGAAUUGUUCUGUCUGCAGAAAGAUCAAGCUCUGGAUUGGUCAUAUGGAUCCAGAAUCAAGAUACAUCCAUCCUCAGAUGCAGACGUUAGAAAUAAAGACCAUCCAUGUAACUCUUGCACAUGUCUAAAGAUUUACUUCAUAAGCAGCAUAUUGAUUGACUUGGAAAAAAGUUACCAGCUCAUCAUAUUGCCAAAUGAUAACAGACAAGAUUGUUUAUUCUUCAGUUUGAUAUGCCAUUAUGUUGUUGUCUUCUCUGGUCAGCAGUGAAAUUCUGUUGCUUACUAAUGUCAUAGUGCAUUUGUUUUCAGCAGUAUAUCACAACUUUUAAUGAUUGGACUCUUCACAGUAUUUCCCCCUUUUUCAAUCAUUGUCAACCAACAUAGCCUCCAGUGAAGAGCUGGCAACUGGUUGAUCUGUUCCUUCCUUCCAGUUGCUCUGCUCUAAGUUCAGCUGCUAGAUGUGUACAAAGAAGUCAGCAUGAUGACAUUCUCCCUGAUUCUUUUUGGGACUGUUGACUGCACCACCCAACUUGCCAUGUGCUUUAUCUUGGGCUACCCUAGAAUAUCCUUUGAUAUUCUUAAACCAUUCUCUGUGAUAUUUCAGGGUGUUUCAAAUAAUAGAGUCACAAUAAAGUAAUGUAAUGAUUAUGUUAAAAUAAAAACAGCUUAACCAUCUACA